AUGGUCAUCGUUGACAAUCCAGACAUUCAAAUGUUUCAACAUGGAUUUUUCCCUGCAUCAUUCAACAAACUGAAGACUGUGUUCACCUUCAGAGUGCUCAACAAUUUUCUAUUGGACAACCUAGAAUGCGGCACCUCCACAAUGAACUAUUACAGCAAGCUCCGGCGAAUGACCUCCAGCAUGUUUCCUCACCUUGUUCCAUGGAGGCAGUUGAAGACCAUGAAAUGGCAUGGCUUCGGUCAUCGUUUCAAUGCCCCGAAUGCCAGAGAUCUCGCAUUGUUUUGCCUAACAUGUCCUCCGCCUGGGAUCAACAUAUCCUUGUCAGGGAAUGAAACACUUGAUGACUGGAAAUAUACCCGGUCAUUUGUGAUGGACAGUAAUUUCAAAGCCAAACACUUGCAUCCCAUCAAGCCAUUUGAUGAAGUAUGGCUUGCAGAUGGGCUGGGGUUCAUGGUGGGAAAGGACAGGUAUAAAGUGCAUCUUGCAGAGGCUGCUGACACUUUGGAAAAAUCUAGCUGCAACAAUCACUGGGCAGUAAAUCAAGCAAAUGCGACUCGGCACAAGCUGGAGUCGACAGGUAUCGGGGGAGUUGCUUGUGCCUGCCAUGGCUGCUUUGUGCCUUAUGUGAUGGUCAAUUUCCAGAAAGGCAAAAGGCAAGCCGAACAUGAAGUUCUACAUUCACAAGUUGAUCAUGCAUCGUUUGCAGACAAAUGA